CUUUCUUCAACCCCGGCGCGGAAGUCAGGUGACCCCGAGGUGGAGAUGGCGACCUCCCAGAAGCUGACAGAGCACUUCCUGACAUGUACAAUCUGUACAGGUGUCUUUGACAAUCCCUGCACACUUGUGUGUUAUCACACCUUCUGUCGGAAAUGUGUCACCAACUACACCAAAACCAGACCAGAAGCCAUCAGUGCCAAGUCUCUCCUGUGUCCAUUCUGCAGCAAGAUGACGAAAGUGACUGACCCUGAGAGACCAGUGGAGGAGUGGGCGGAUGACGUCAAGCCAAGCUUUGUCAUGCAGGGACUCUUAGACUCGUUUGGUCCAGCAUCUAAAGAUACAACCUACUGUGCCUUCUGUAAAGAGGACGGGGAGACAACUCCAGCUGAUGUUUGGUGCACGGUCUGUGAUGACGCACUCUGUGAGAAAUGUGUCAGAGUACACAGUCGCAUCCCAUCUACUCGUCACCAUGACGUCACUGACCUGUGUGGGGAGGUCAAGAUCCAAAGAAGGCGUAAAGUGAUGUGUGACGAACACAAACAGGAAUGCAUAGAAUUUGUAUGUAAGGAUUGCAGGAAGGUGGUAUGUCAAAAAUGUUGCAUCAUAUAUCACAGGAAAUGUGAUUCAGUUGUCACGAUCGAAUCAGAGAUAUUGCCCAUGAAAACAAAUCUCAUGAAGAUGAAAGAGGCAUUAUCAAAGAAACAGGAAGACAUAAAAACCCAAACUGAUGACCUGAAAUCGACGGUUAAUAAAGAAGCAUCUCGAUAUGCACAAAUAGAAGAAGACAUUAUGUCUAUAACACAGAAAGCCAUAGAGCAGAUCAAGCUUAAGGAAAGAAAACUUCUGGAUGAUCUGAAAGAAAUGUCAGACCUACACAUUGGACAAUUGAAAGCACACAUCAAGUCAAGAGAGUUGACAGUUCAGAUGUACCAACAACAGACUGAGCUGAUGGACCAGGCUCUCCAAUCUGAGUGUGACAUGGAUGUAUAUGAGAUGUAUCAGGGGUGUGAAGCGGGGGAUGUAGGGGCUGUCGGAGACGUGGGCCUGGCUGAAAGAGGAAGAGUAGUCAAGGUCUUAUUCAGGCAUGACAUUGAGAAGCUAAGUAAAGCACUAGGGGAUCUACAACUGGGGGAAAUAUGCACGCUGUAUGAAGGUGUUUUGGACCUGAAGGUUGAUCCUGUGUUACAAGACACCAUUAACAUCAGAAUAGCAGGAGACAGAUGUGCACCAUCGGUCGCCGACGUGGCAGUGAUUGUAGUGGAUGGUACAGAUACAGUUGUCGUAACAGACAGGAACAACAAAAGUGUGAAAUCCUUCUACACCAGGAACAAUCUGCCUAGUCACAGUAUGCUCAGUCUGGGCAAUGCUCCGUGGAGUCUGACAAAACUCACACACAAUCAGGUGGCUGUUAUAGUUACAGAUAUGAAACAGAUUGUAACAGUGGAAGUCAACCCCGGCCUGGUGCUGCUGUCAACCAUAACAACCAGCAAACAGUACUGGGGUUUAACAUAUCUGACUCCGUCAACACUAGCAGCAAGUUAUCUGUCUCCUCCCUGUGUCGAUAUCCUGGAUAUGACAGGAAACGUGCUUAAGUCAAUCAGCCCACUCCAAAAUGGUAACAACAUCUUACAAAGUCCCUACUUCCUCUGUACCACGAGAACAGGAAACAUCCUGGUGUCUGACCAGGGAUCCAAGUGUGUGGUGUGUCUGACCCCUGAGGGAGAUGUGGUGUUCACCUUCAGACCUACAGGAGACACAGCACUGACGUGGCCACGUGGUAUCACAAGUACCAGCACAGGUGACAUCCUGGUUACAGACUUCACUCAGCACAAAGUCAUCCAUCUGACUGAGUCAGGACAGUUUGUUAGAAACAUAUUGAGAGAUCAGGGCGGUAUUGUAAAACCGUCAGGAGUUGAAGUAGAUGGCUGUGGCCGGAUGUAUGUUUGUAUGUAUGAUCAAGCUGUUGUAAAGAUUUUCAUGUUUUGACAAUAGACAUGGCCGCAAUCCCUAUCAACGUCGAAUUGUGUGGAUGGACGAAGUAAAUUCGUAUGUCCGUCUAUGUAUAGAUAUUUCGUGGACAAAAAUGCAUAUUACUAAUUCAAA